GAAAGCAGUUAGCCCAUGGAACUGGUGUCAAGCUGAGCAUGGCACUGGUGUUAGCUUGUGAUUUCACAUUUUGUUUUUACUAAAUUUAGCAUUAAUACAAACAGAUUAUGAAAGCCAAAUGUUCUAUCAGCGAACCACAUGACUGGGUUCUGUCUACAUGUCUUCACCUGAAGAGGCGGGGCUUAAAGCACUUAGGGAGAGAGGGACUAAAUCAUUCAGUACAACAUCCAGCUGGAUUGUACAUUAAAAAAUACCUGGCUGCGAAUCAGAAUAUCUGCUAAAGACCUGAAACGUGCAUGGGCUAGUGAGGGAGUAUGAAUCAUAAUUUACGUACAGGGAGAGGGAGUGUGGAUCAUAUCUUCUGCCCAGUACAGACCGAGGGGGAAUAAUGAGAUCAUUUAUUUUCUUUCUGUGUCUCUCUCCGGAAUGCCCCGUCCGGGAGACCAGAUCACUCCUCUAAUUCUAUUGGGCCGGCCAUUACCCCGCCGGCAUCGCUCAGACACUUCAAUGAGAGUCACGGGGCUGGAGACAGAGGCCCGGGGCAGAGCCCUGGGGCCGGACCUCAGGGCUGGAGGAUGGGCAGGAUCCAGCAGCGCCCGGAUCUCCGGAACAGCUGGACCGACAUUCCCAGCCCGGAAGAUUCUGGGAUUUCAUUCAUUGCUUUUUUUGGGGGUUUUUUUUUUCAUCAAGUGGAUUUGAGUGGGAUCUGAUGUUUGAGGGAAAUGGCCUUGCUGACACACUGUCGUGGCUGUUGAGGUGGAGGUGGUGACGUCUCUCCGCUCUUCUUCCCUGAGGGGACCCGGCUGUGCUCCCGUCCAGAUGAACUUUGACCCUUUCAGUGUUAAAGCGUCCAACAUGAUUGGUGGUUUGGUGAUUCUCUUCUUCCUCCCAAAGGCUCUUGGAGCUGAGAUGGGGACCACAGACAAUUUGAAAGAAAUUGUCAUCGGGCGCUGCUACAAUUACGUGACCCUGGUUAAUCCUAGUUCCAGGUAUGACUGUGAGGAGAUCUGGGGAGAGUUCCAGAGGGUGGUGUUGAGGAGGAAGUCAUGCGGUGUGGCAGUGAGGGACUACCACAGACUGUUUCACAGCAUGAUGCAGACCCUGCCCUGUGAUAGGCUGCUCUUCUGGAGUAAAACCCACAAGCUUGUCCACAGCUAUUCCGCCGUCACCCGCCAUUUCUGGACCCUGGAAGACACGCUAGUGGGCUACAUGUUCAACGACCUCAUCUGGUGCGGGCAGGACUACGGCGAUCCAGGGUUCAAUUUCAGUUCCUGCCCGGUGUGGUCAACCUGCGUGAACCAUCCUGUGUAUUCCCUGUGGAAGCAAGCCUCUGAAAAUUUUGCGGCCGCGGCGUGUGGGAACAUAACCGUCCUGCUCAACGGAUCCGUCCGGAACGCCUUCAGCCGGGAGAGCAUGUUUGGAAGCGUGGAGCUCGACAGCCUGAACCCUCGGAUGGUGAACCACGUCAACAUCAAGGUGGUGGCCAACCUGGAGGGCCCCGUCCUGUGGAGAAUCCUGCUCGAACGGCUCCAUCCUGGACCUCAUGAAGGUCCUUCAGGAUCGUGGGUUCCGCUGGACCUGUACUGACAGUGAUCUGACUCUGCGGAUUCUCCAGUGCGUGCAGAACCCCAGGCAGUCCUCCUGCCAGACAUGCAGCCGCAGCCUGCUAGAGGGACAGUGAGCACCGCGGAACGGCGCCCCCUACAGCAGCGGAGGCUGCACUGCACCGGCUCUUCCAACAGCACCAACGUGCAUGCCAUUCAUCCCAGGAAACUAUGCGCAUAUCUUAUGCAUCAUCGCUGUGCGGAAUAAGAUAAUAUUAUUUCAUGAGCAAAGAAAGUGAAACACCUUCUGUCUUAGAGGAAGUCUAACCCUAACCCUUCUGUCUUAGAGGAAGUCUCACAGAUCAUACAAGAAGUUUUGUUUUCUCUCUCCCCAUCACUGUGUUCCUCUCCCGUCUAUAUUAUGUACUUUUUCUAUUUUUCUUUUCCCACCAACCAUCAAUUUAGUUUUUACCACGUUUACCCAUACGUUUCCACGUCUCUGGAUUAUGCAUUGUAUUCACUGUUCAGGUUUCAUUCUUGUUUUGUAACCUUCUUUAUUUCUUGUUGCUGCAUUCCUCUUGGUCUUGUAUUAAUAAUCAUAUAUUAGUAUAUAUAAAUUAUGCAAAGCAAACUGUGUAAAUACAACAGUAUUUACAGUUACAACUAUUUUUGUCUACAGCAAAGAACAAAGUUGCUGCUCUUACAGGAAACUGCUCAUUUAACCAGAAGUCUGUUGUACAGGAAGUCUCAUCAUUUUCCCAGGCAGUAUCAGUGCCGGGGGAGAGAUUCACACCUGAGGAACACUCUAACCUGCUGAGAAGAAGUUUUGAAACAACUGGUAGCUGGUUGACCAGUUCAGACCAGCUCCAUACUCAACAUGGCUUAACCAGCUCAAGCUAUGUUUUCAAAUAACUGGUAGCUUGUAUUUCAAGCUGGUCAUAGCUGGAUUUUGCACCAGGGUAUUCUGUUUUGAAUGGGCAUCAAUGGGAUUUUUUCCAACCCCAACACUAAUUAUAUAUAUUGUAAAAACUGGACAAUAUUCACAGCAUGUACAUACAUCAGUUAUAAUGUUUUGAAUCAAAAGUUUAAAUUCAGCUAAAGUAACCGGGUGUUUAAGUCUUACUCUAACUGUCUUUCAGCAUGUUCUGUAUCCAGGGUGCAUUGUAGU